AGCACCCCAAGCCAGAAUAAUGUCCCCCUAAGUGAUGCUUUGAUCUCUGCGUCUCAGUCAAACUCCCCCUCCCCACCUUCGCAGGUGUGUCUCUAGUCACUCUGCAAAAAGCAACAGAGAGUCCUGUGGCACCUUAAAGAGUAACAGAUGUAUUGGAGCAUGAGCUUUCGUGGGUGACUGCCCACUUCAUGGGAUGCCUUUUUUCUGUUCACGCUGGUGCUCAGAGGAGGUUAACUGUGAGGUUGAGGCCCAAGGUGUGAGUUACGGACCUACCCGGGUCAGCUUGCAAAUCAGUUCUUUGGAACGGGGAGGCUGGCGUUGCUGGCCGGGGACUGAAUAGGUGUAAUGAGGGCUGGAAAGGGAAGGAGGAAGCAAGCAACAAAGAGAAUUUGUGGAGGAAACUCAAAGAAGGAGAGGUUCAGGUGUCUGGACACGAACUGGUUCCAGUAAGUGAAGAGAUUUCUGUCACAGUUCUUAGGGAAUUGCACCUCUGACCCCUUCAUGGAGGCUGCCCUCUGAAAUCUCAGACCUCUAGCCAUCACCUUUCUUUGGGCAGCAUCCCGCAAUCUGUUCCCUCCAGACAGAGGACUCAAGCUGCAGUUCCUCCUGCUUCACUGUGAUUCUCUCAGCAGGUCUGACUUCAGUUUAGCACCCACACUUCUGUUCUCUCAGGGGACAAAAACAAAGUUAACCAGUGACCAGCCUGCUCUCAUAAAGCAAAGUAUUGUUUAUUUAGAUCAAUGGCAUUAUAGAGGAAGCAUAUCUUAAAGAAAAGAAAAAGUUUAUAGGCAUGCCUAGCUUAUCAGGUGUCUCCCAUCUUCCCCAUGGAGACCCUGGCAGGUUCCAAAGUACUUCAAGUUCUGCACAGGAUCUGUGCCUCUUGGUCACAAUCUCAUGUCCAGUUGUGGAUCAAGGGUGACUGACUCUCUCCUGGGUGAGAAUUGUUUCUUUAUACAGUUUUCCUUUGUUUGUUUGGCAGGCCUCUUGAACCAGGUCAAACCACUAUAUGCACUUUCCCCAGGGGGUAAAAACUUCCACAGACUUCUUAGCUGCAUAAGAGAUUUGCAUUAAUUACCCCCAGUGCUGUAACUAGGCAUAGUGGUGCCCCGGGUGAGCAAGUAUAUUUGCAUUCUCUACCAUUUUUUUCAUUUUUCCACCCAGAGGUGACACGUGGGGGGAGGAGAGAAGGGGAAAUGCAAGGUCACAUGCCCCUCCCCCCAACCCAGACAGGCUGGGUGGUCUGCUGAGAAGUGCGACGCCUGACAACAUGGCCAUGAGAAUGGGGGAAAGUAGCUGCCCCACCAAAGGCAAGUCAGAGGCCGAAGAUGGCUCUGGUCGGGUGAUCACCAUUGUCUUCAUGGCACUCCUUAUAGACCUGCUGGGAUUCACUCUUAUUUUGCCACUCCUUCCUUCAAUCCUUGAGUAUUACAGCAAGAAUGAUGAUGGUUUUUAUCUAUCACUGCAGCAUGGCGUGGACUGGUUUGCUUCAGUGUUUGGGAUACCUCUGGAGAGGAAGUACAACACUGUCUUGUUUGGAGGUCUGAUUGGCUCCAUCUUUUCCAUCCUGCAGUUUUUUUCCUCUCCACUCACGGGCGCUGUAUCUGACUGCUUGGGGAGAAGGCCGAUCAUGUUGUUGACAGUGGUGGGGUUGAUAGCAUCAUAUGCACUCUGGGCUAUCUCUAGGAGUUUUGGUAUUUUUCUUCUCUCCAGAGUCCUAGGUGGAAUAAGUAAAGGGAAUGUUAGCCUGUCUACUGCUAUAAUUGCUGACCUGCACUCUCCAAAAGCUAGGAGCAAGGGCAUGGCAAUGAUUGGUGUUGCUUUCUCACUUGGAUUUACCGUGGGUCCUAUGAUUGGAGCUUACCUUGCCAUGGAAACAGGAAAAGGAGAAGUCUUCUAUCUUCGGUCAGCUUUGCUUGCGCUCAUGUUUUCUGUUGCUGACUUAAUUUUCAUCUUCUUCCUGCUUCCGGAGACACUCCCCAAAGAAAAACGGGUAUCCUCCAUGAUGUGUGGAUUUCAGGCAGGGAGUGACUUGCUUAGUCCGCUGGCUUUGUUUCAGUUCUCUGCAGUCACCAGAGGAAAGGACUCCCCUUCGAGGGAGAACCUUCAGAAUCUCAAGGUCCUGGGCCUCGUUUAUUUCCUUUAUCUCUUCCUGUUUUCUGGUCUUGAAUACACAUUGAGUUUUCUCACCCAUCAGCGAUUCCAGUUCAGCAGUAUGCAGCAAGGCAAGAUGUUUUUCUUUAUUGGGAUGACAAUGGCUGUGAUCCAGGGAGGCUACACGCGCCGAAUCAGGCCAGGAUGUGAAAUCAAAGCCAUAAAAAGGGCUAUAAUGCUGUUGAUUCCAGCUUUCUUGUUAAUUGGAUGGGCUGGUAAUGUGACGGUGCUGAGUGCUGGACUGUUGCUGUAUUCUUUCGCUGCUGCCAUUGUUGUUCCCUGUUUGUCAGCAGUGGUGUCAGGCUAUGGCUCAGCCAGCCAGAAGGGAACAGUAAUGGGAAUUCUGAGGAGCCUGGGGGCCCUAGCAAGAGCUCUGGGACCAGUCUUGUCAGCAGCAGUUUAUUGGCUGGCAGGAGCUGAGGUUUGCUUCACUGUUUGUGCAGUUUUGUUCCUGCUUCCCCUCAUUCUUCUUGGUUACAUAAAGCCGCAAACAAAGGAGGAAUAACCAAAGAGAGGAGCAACAUUAUGACUAGUACAGAACUACUCAUUUUCCAAGGGCCUGCUAACGUGGUGGAGAGUCAGCUGUCAAGAAGCGAUUUAAAAUGGAACAAUACUAUGUUUUGAUUUACUGGAAGGCCAACUCAAAUUCCACUCGCCAGUAUACACACCAUUGUCACAAAAUUGUUUUUUCUUACACACACCCAAUCCUCAAGGAGAUGGAAACCCAGCUAGUUAUUCUCUCCAGCAUUGCCUGUGAGCCAGUUUGAUUAGUGUUGAGAUCAGAAGUAUCUGAUUCAAGUGUGUGUCAUUCAGCAAGUUGUAUUCCUGCUACAUAAAAUGGUGACAUCAUGCCAGCUACAUGGGCAGAAAAAGGUUGAAUUCAACAAACUGAGACUCAGUCGGCAACAGAAUUUCAUGCUUAAAUUACCUACAGUUCCCAACCAGAUGCAGUAUGUAAAAAUGCCAUCAUUUCUCACAGAAUCAUGUGCACAGUAUGGUUUUUGCAUAUCCUUCCUGUGCCCAUUUCAUUUUAAUCACUGGCUGCUCUUAGAGAACAUGAAUUAGCAGAGUUUUCAGGCAGCUACAUACUGGGGAACUUGAUGAAGACCCAGCCACCUCAAUUGGUUCAUGGUGAGAAAAUACAACCCCUCCCCCAUUUUGUGAUCAUAGUGAGAUUAUUUUGUAUACCCUUUGCACAGCCUCCCUCAGUGGAAUUUGUUAGGGGCAGGUCUCUUUGGUAAAAUUUAUAUCAAGUGCCUUAAGCUGGUGGGGUUUUUUUGUUGGGUGGGGGUUGGUAGCCUGAGUUCUGUAUGACCUGUGAGAAAGCCUUCUAUCAAUCUUGACUCCAUUUAUGAUCCCUUGGCAGAACAGUAGAAAUAAACAAGUGACCUAACUG